AUUGACAAUCAAUUGCAGUCCUAGUCCACUUUGGUUAAUGUGAACCAUAUAAUUAUUUCAAUAUUCUAACAAAUAAUACACAGAACAUUCUUAGAAAUACGUGACAAUACUCAACUAAGGUUAGAAUUUGUAAUUUCAGAUGCCGUUGUCGUGUAGGUUUUACCAAGAAAAAUAUCCUGAGGUGGAAGAUGUAGUGAUGGUGAAUGUAAGGUCAAUAGCAGAGAUGGGCGCCUAUGUUCAUCUACUGGAAUACAAUAACAUCGAAGGCAUGAUCUUGCUCUCUGAAUUGUCCAGGAGACGAAUCAGGUCCAUCAAUAAAUUAAUCAGGGUCGGUAAAACAGAGCCCGUUGUUGUAAUCAGAGUGGAUAAAGAAAAAGGUUACAUAGAUUUAUCAAAACGUCGUGUGUCAGCCGAGGACAUAGAUAAAUGCACAGAAAGGUAUGCGAAAGCAAAAGCAGUGAACUCAAUUCUGCGACAUGUUGCUGAACUGUUACAUUAUGAGUCUUCGGAACAGUUGGAAGAGCUGUAUAAGAGGACAGCAUGGCUAUUUGAAGAAAAAUAUAAGAAAAAAGCAUCAGCUUAUGACUUUUUUAAACAGGCUGCUGUUGAUCCAUCAGUUCUAAAUGAAUGUGGUCUUGAUGAGAAUACUAAAGAAGUACUCCUAGCAAACAUCAAGAGGAAGCUGACAUCUCAAGCAGUGAAGAUCCGAGCCGACAUUGAGUGUGCGUGCUACGGCUAUGAAGGCAUAGAUGCUGUCAGAAUCGCCCUAAAGUCUGGUCUAGCGCUGUCUUCAGUUGAGAUGCCUAUUAAAAUUAAUCUAAUUGCACCACCUUUAUAUGUAAUGACAACAUCUACUCCUGAAAAAACGGACGGGCUCAAAACGUUACAGGACGCUAUAGAAAAAAUCAGGGAAACCAUCUUAGAAGCUGGCGGCGUAUUCAAUGUACAAAUGGCGCCUAAAGUGGUGACUGCGACGGAUGAAGCUGAACUGGCGCGGCAGAUGGAGCGGGCAGAGGCAGAGAAUGCAGAAGUGGCUGGAGACUCUGCGGAGGAAGAUGAGGACCAAGGUAUGGGCAAUGCAGGCAUGGACGAAGAGCCACAACAAAACGGUGCAUCAGAGGACGAGGACGAGAACUGAACUGUGUAUCCCUAGAUAUCUGUAUCUCUAUAAACAACUGUAAAAGUAACCCAUCAUCGAUAAUUCUAUAUAUAAUAUAUGUUUUUUACACA